UUAGCUAAAAAGAGUCACUUGUUUAUAACUCUUUAGGUACACUAUAAAUUCAGCCUUAACCCCAAACUCCCAAACAUCAUUUUCAAAAUCAUCAAAAUACCAGAGAACCAAUUCAUCAUAAGAAAUACUUUAAGAGAAAAAAACAAUCAAAAUGAGUUCAAGCAGGAGAGCCUGGAUUGUAGCAGCCAGUGUUGGAGCAGUGGAGGCUUUAAAAGAUCAAGUUGGAUUGUGUAGAUGGGAUUACCCAUUGAGGUGUUUGGCACAACACACAAAGAAUAACAUGAGAUCUUACUCUCAAGCUAAGAAACUUUCUUCUUCACUUAUUGCAAAGAGUGAAAAGGCAGAGCAAUCUGAAGAGUCUUUGAGGAAAGUUAUGUACUUGAGCUGUUGGGGUCCAAAUUAACUAAUCUUUGCUAUAGAGAAACUUCUAUGUCAUUUUUGCAGACAUGAAGAUUUCCUAGAGAAUAUAAAGGAUAAAGAGAUUAAAAAAAUUUAUGUAUGACUAUAAUUGUAAAUAUAGAGUAAUUAAUAGAAUUUAAGUACUGUUGAUAUUUUGAUGAAAUGAUGAUAUGACAGAUUGAUUAGUAUU